AUGGUAAAAAUUUUGGAGGGAGAUUUAUAAGAGUAAUGGUACUUGUAAAAAGACUUUGAUUUGAAUUAUUUACAUAAACUAAAGUCCUAAUUGAAAUUUGAAAUUGAAAAAUUCAUAAUUACAUUGAAUGAAUAAUUUUGCUGA